AAGUAAUUGGAAAUGUCCUAUUGGAUAUUUUCUCACUGACAAAAUGACUGGAAAAAUGCAAGCCAAGUUGGUUCAGGAAGCACUCAUUAUGGCAGCUGAAGCUGGAUUACGUGUCUAUUCUGUAACAGCAGAUGGUACUUCUGUCAAUUUCACCAUGUUCAGUGAACUUGGCUGCAAGUUUACAACAUCAUAUGAAAGCAUGAUUACCAAGUUUAAACACCCUACUCAAAACUACUUCGUAUAUGCAAUUUUGGACCCAUGUCACAUGCUUAAAUUGGCAAGGAAUGCUUUGGGUCACUUAGGCUCUAUCGUUGACUGUGAAAACAAUAUUAUUACAUGGAAAUUAUUUUCAUCACUCAAUAAAAUCCAAGAAUGUGAAGGUUUCCAAUUAGCAAACAAGUUUUCAUCAAGACAUCUCCAGUUUUUGAAGCACAAAAUGAAUGUCCAACUAGCAGCUCAAACCCUUAGCUCAUCUGUAGCAGACGCUAUUGAAUUUUUAGAUAAAUCAAUGAAACUUAAAGAAUUUCAAAACUCAAUCGGCACUGUUAAAUUUAUCAGAAUAGUGGAUAGAUUAUUUGACAAAAGGAUUUAA